AUGUCGACGCAAGACGAAAAUAAGAAAUUGAAGCAGCGGCGCGCAACAAUAAAGGCGCAAUGCACAAGGGCGCAAUCAUACAUAGAAGGUCAGGAUGCUCAGCGUGCAACAAUCAUCGAGCUACGCAUACGGCUACAAAAGCUCAAUAGCAUAUGGAACGAAUUUGAUCAAGUUCAAGCAAGAAUUGAGAAGCUCAUCACCGAGGAGGCAGCUGUCGCAGAAGAGAACGACGAAAGAAUUAAUUUCGAGGAGAAAUACUACGCGGUUACGACGGCCUUUGAAACUUUAAUUCAAGAAAUACAAUUACCUAUGAAUCAACCUUUAAUGCAAGAUGUCCAGGUAAGAGAAGGUACUCCCAUGACUGGGACAGGCCUAGUCAACAAUAACCUCAAAUUACCUCGAGUAAGUAUGCCCACUUUCUCUGGCAAAUCUGAAGAAUGGAUCUCAUUCCGAGAAGUUUUCGACGUAAUAAGUUCCCUAGACGCUUCGGCAGAAAACUACAGAGAAGCCUGGCAAAUGCUAAAGAGCAGAUACAACGACCCAGGACUUAUUGUUGAAAAUCACGUGAAGGCGUUAUUCGAUCUGCCAACCAUGAGCAAGGACAAUCAUGCCACGCUGCGAAGGCUAUUGGAUACUGUAUUGAAACGUACCCGCGCACUUAAGGCGCUCAGAAGAUGCAGAGCUCUGGAGGCGGCAUCGCGUUCAUCGAGUACACCAGAUCCGUCGCAUAAGGAUAAAACGGCGCACGAUAGGAGCACUACGGCUCAUGUAACGACCACUAAGAAUACGUGUGGAUUUUGUCGGAAGGAAAAUCAUGCUAUUUACAAAUGUAAAGAUUUUUUGGAUCUCAGCGUCGAGCAGCGGAUGAAAGAAGCAAGAUCACACAAAUUAUGCUUAAACUCCCUAAAAGCUGCAUCACACCUGGCAAAGGAAUGUACGGCCAGAACAUGUCGAAAAUGUAGCAAACGUCACAACACCUUGUUGCAUUUAGAACAAGCAUCGAAGAAUCAAUCUGACUCCGACGCCAAGAAGGAGAAGGUUGACGAUUCAGAAAAUACGAAAUCAGUAACUGCGAGCAACGCAACAGUUAAUCAAGAGCAUCAAGUUUUAUUAGCAACCGCGCUAGUAAAUGUACUAAACAGCAAGGGAGGAGUCAAGUCAAUUCGUGCACUCUUAGAUAACGAAUCUCAGUCGUGUUUCAUCACGAAAGAUUGUUGCAAACAAUUAGGACUUCAUUCACAAGAUACAAAUAUUCUGGUGUGUGGAAUCGGAAAACAAUCUAUACAGACAAGAAACAUCGCGACAGUCAUCAUACACUCUCGAACGACUGGAUACAAGGAAGAAUUGGAUUGUCUGAUCGUGGACAACAUCACACAGGAUCUUCCUACUAAUAGAAUAAGCAGAAAUGAACUCCAAGUGCCAGAGGGCAUCGUAUUAGCAGACCCACAAUUCAAUCAACCGUCAAGAGUAGAUCUGCUAUUAGGAGCGGAGAUAUUCCUCGAUUUACUGUGUAGCAGUAGAAUAAAGCUGGCGGAUAAUCAGCCAACUUGGCAAAAGACAUUGCUAGGGUGGAUCGUCUCCGGAGAGCUGACAAUGAUGACAAACUCCAAGAGCAGAAUCUGUAAUUUGUCCGUGAACGAGCAGCUAAACAACAGCCUUAUGAAGUUUUGGCAGUUAGAAGGUUAUGACAAGAUAAAUACAAGAACAUCAGAAGAACGUGCAUGCGAAAACCACUUCGCCAAAACUUACAAAAGAAAUGCGGAAGGAAGGUUCAUCGUGACGCUACCGAUCAAGGCAGAUAUUCUCAACAAUUUAGGUCACUCAAGGGAUAUCGCGACGCGGCGAUUAUACAGCCUGGAGAGAAGGUUAAAGCGAGAACCACAACGUAGAAUUGAAUACAACAGAUUCAUGCGCGAAUACUUGAAAUUAGGGCACAUGCGCAAACUUCAAGAGCCUGUCAAUGACGAGAUAUCUUAUUUCUACAUGCUACAUCAUUGCGUCAUCAAACACAGCAGUACUACAACGAAGCUAAGAAUUGUCUUUGACGCCUCAAGCAAGACUACAAGUGGCAUUUCGCUGAAUAAUGUACUUAUGAUAGGGUCAGUAUUACAGCAAGAAAGUCUGUCAAUAUUACUGCGUUUUCGAAUAUAUGAAUAUGUCUUAACGGGAGAUCUCGAGAAAAUGUAUAGGCAGAUUCUCAUAAAUGAAGAACAAGCGCCAUUACAAAAGAUCCUAUGGAGAGAAGAUCCAUCAGGUGCAAACAGCAAGGCAGAAAUAGUCGAGAUCCGAGAUCAACUAAUACACAUGGUUGAUAAAGGCAGUUUCAAAAUACGUAAAUGGACAUCCAACAAUAAUGAGAUCUUACAGGAUCUAGCGAGUUCGUCCAAGGGUCAGUUGUUAGAAUUGGACAAAGAAGGAUCUGCAAAAACUCUAGGCAUCAAUUGGAAUCCAACCAAAGAUUUAUUCCAAUAUCACAUAUUGAGCGAUGCUCCGAAUCCAAGACUUCUAGGCCCAAUCAUCAUAACUGCAAAACUUAUGAUUCAACAACUAUGGAAGAUGCAAAUCGAUUGGGAUGAAUCAUUACCCAUGGAUCUCCAAGCAAAAUGGUCACAUUACAUCAAGGAGUUACAGAUAUUAAAGGAGCUUACCACGGAAAAUCAUACAUCCAAACAGACGGAGCUAUCGAGGGUUGUAAACGCCUUAGAAAUCAAUAUUGACAGCAAACAUUACUGGACUGACUCAUCAAUUGUUCUUCAUUGGCUUCAAGCAAGCAACAAGAAACUACCGGUCUUCGUAGCUCAUAGAAUUGGAGACAUUCAGGAAACAACAUCAGUCGAAAGUUGGAAACAUGUCGGUAGCGCAGAAAACCCCGCUUUUGACAAGGACAUCAAGAAUUUAAGAAGCAAAGGAGUUGUAUCAAGUCGAAGCAAUUUGAAACAAUUAAAUCCAUUCAUCGAUGAAGAAAAUUUAAUACGAGUUGGCGGUAGGCUCCAACGUUCUCACUUACAAUCGGAUGUCAAGCAUCCAUACUUAUUGCAUCAACGAUCACAUCUCACAAGGCUUAUUGUUGAGCACGAACAUCAAAGACUCAUGCAUGCAGGAAUGGAAGCAACUCUAGCCGCAGCCAAGGUUUUCGGAACAGAUAAUGAGAAAUCUACCUAUGCAUCGAGUUAUACCUUCAAGACCAUUCAGUUGCGUAAGCAUAGACUUUUGCGGAUUAAUAUACGUUCGUGA